AUGCCUCAUUUCAAAGAAGAAAAGAAGAUGGCGUCGUUGAAAGUGUUUGGUGGUAAUGGAACUGAAGAAGGUAAAUUUCGGUACCCAAAUGGCAUGGCAGUCAGUAACAAAGGCGAAAUUGCCGUUAUAGAUACGUGUAAUCACCGUGUCCAACUAUUCAAGUCUGAUGGCGAGUUUUUGAGUUCGUUUGGUGCCCAAGGAGUUACCGAUGCUUACAUGAAUUUCCCAUACUGUGCUACCUUCGAUACUGACGGAAAUAUCAUCGUCACUGACUCGGACAAUCACAGAGUGGUAGUGUUCUCAUCAGCCGGCGAACUAAUACGGGUUAUCGCUAGCGAAAACCUCAGAAAUCCCUGGGGUGUUUGUAUCGCAGGCGAUGGCAAUAUCGCGGUUUGUAGUGGCGGCGAAAAGGGAGAAGUUCAAGUAUACUCGCCAGAGGGUACACUACUAAAGCAGUUUAGCGAUCCAAAAACGAAUAAUCGUCCAUCCUACGUCACCUACAGUCACGAAAAGUACUUUGUGUCUUACAGUGACGAUCAGUGUGUGAAAGUGUUCGACAGUCAAGGAAAUUUCCUGUUUGACAUCGGCGAAUCUGGGUUUUGCGACGGGCAGUUCAACAGACCGCGUGGACUGGCAGUCGAUCAACAUGAUCAGUUGUUGGUAUGUGACGGAUGGAAUAAUCGGAUACAAGUUUUCAGUUUGGAUGGCUCGUUCCUCACGAAGUUUGGAAGUCGCGGCAAAGGAGCUGGACAGUUCAUUUUCCCUAUCGACCUAUCGAUCACCCCAGAUGGACAAAUUUUAGUCUGUGAAGUCAAAGGAGAGCGUGUUCAGGUUUUUCAAGGAUUAGAUAAUCACCAAUGUAAAGACCAAUAA